CUCACCAUGCUAACGUUUCAGGUUGCAGCAAUGGAAGCUCUGACGUACAAUCUUCUUCCACUUCUCCACCUUGCUCCGUUCGCCGAUUUCAGAUUCUCUCGCUCGACGGUCUUCUUCACUGCCUCCCGCGAAAACAGCACCUCUUGCCUUUACGCACAGCUUCAAAUCUCGGAGUCUUUCUUCACCAUCUUGUCCACUAAUCCCAAUGGCCCUGAAGAACUUCGUUCCUCUCUUCAGAUCGACGAAUUCUUUUUCGCCAUCUCCCUUACCGGUACCGACAAUAUCCUCCUCACCGCUCUCAUCCCGGAUGAGCCUUUCUGCACCAACCUCUUUUUCACAAAUAGCAUUGGGCAUUUAAAAUAUAACACUAUAUUGGCGAUGGGUCCUACCCCUAAUACUAACGUUCCUGAAAUGGACGACGGACCAUUUGUCGCUAUUGAUGCAGAAUGGUUCAGAGACAUUGCAACAAGAUUAUGUGCCUUCAAUACUAGAAUCUGGGUUACUGCAACGGUUUCAAAAGUGACAUUCUCUGCUAUACUAAUGGAGUUCGCCCUUCCUGCGGAGGACAAACGGUGCGUUAUUGGAGGUUCUAAUUUUGGUGAUGGAAUCAAGUUUCCAGUCACUCUGAUUCCAUUGAACUUUUUUAUUCAAGCAUCAUAUCUAGACAAUAUGGUGUAUUUUUAUAUGUCAUCUGGUGGGAACACUUUUGUGAAAUUCGAAACCGGGCGAUGGACAAACAUUGUGGCCUUCAACCCCGAAGAUCGGUGGGAAGUUCUACCGAAGUAGAACGGUAAGAGGCUAUAAGAAUGGCAGUGAAAUGUAUAUAUAUACAGGUGUUAGUGAAAUUUGGAGAAUAGAUCGAUAGAAUACAAAUGUCGAUAAUUGAU